CUUAGACAUGAUUUUACACUAGCUAGUACUUCUUACAAAUGUAUUUAGGAUAGUAUAAAUUAAAGUAUAAGAAAAUUAUACACGUGUACCAGUCUAUAUAUAGCACAAAAAAAAAUUUAUUUAUCAAGCUUACGAACCAGAAAAUGACCUGUAAAUAUUAGUUAGGUGUACCCUUAACCCUUUCAUAGAAUGUCCCUUUUAGUAUUAAGGACAUUCUACUAACAAAUUUAAACCUAAUCUCAGCCAAUAAAUCACACCAGCUACAGUGACCCCUAGAUAUAGCCAGUAAUUAACGACACCUACUCUGAUUGACAUUAUUAUACUAGCUAAAUGCCGACAAACAUAACUAGUACUAGUAUAAAAGAACCUAUUACUAGUUAUUCGUUCGAGUCGAACUAUUUUCCUAUAAAUCGUAAGCAAAAAAAAAUUGAAGGCAAAUUUUAUAGUUUAUUUUUCCUUCUAUCGGAAAAUAAAAGUUUCUAAAAAAUAUAAAAUAGUGAAUGCACUUAAACAUCCACUGAUUCAAGUGUAUUCAUCAUAUGUUUGCCCUAGACACGUGGCGUUCUUCUAUUCCCGAAUGUUAAUCUCUUCGGCCACCGGAGAGACACAGAAAGAAUAUAGAGAAAAAGAGUGAGAGGUAGAGAGUAGUGAAGAGCUAAGGAAGUGAGAGAGAAAGAGGAGAGAGAGAGAGAGGGAGAUGGAUCAAGAACCCGAGUUAUGGCGGACGCUAAGAUGCGCCGGUAAAGCACAAGACAAGACUUCUAUUAAUGCUCUCAUGCUUAAGUACCGUCCAAUCGCCCCAAAGCCGACCACAACUGGUCAACCAUUUGUCGGAAGCACGAGCACGACAAGAACGAAGAGAAAGUACGUUAGGGUUUCUAAAAACAAUAAAGCCACGUGUCGAUCAAAGAACGACGUUAGAUCUAGCCCAACAGAUCCAGAGAACGGUCGGGAAGAUCUCGUGACGCUACAGCUCAUGCCGGAGAGAUCUACACCGUUGAGUUUGGAUCUUAAUAAUCUCGAUCCAACGGUAAAAACAAUAAUAGGAGAUGAAACCUGUAAAACCCGUACGUGGCUCAAGUUCAACGGCGGAGAUGACGCGGUGCAUCAGGUUCCGGUGGAGACGUGGGUGACGGUGGAGUCCGUAAACGGUGGUUCCGCUUCCCAUGCUGUAUGGUGUACGGACGAGGAGAUUGCGGAUGCUAUAGAUAAAGACACGUGUCCUGCUUUUAUAUCUGAUGGUUCGAACCGUGUGAUGAUGGUGAACGAGGCUUACCGUAGGACAGUAACCGGAGACGGUUGGUUUGAGGGAGAGACGCCGUCUUUGUUGCCGGAAGUUAUUGUGUGGUUGGUGGUUGAUCAUACGGCAGCGUUUUGCGAGUAUAGAACUUUCACGUGUAAGGUGAGGCUUGAAUACACGUGGAGAGAGAAGAAGUAUGUUAAAACGGUGCCGUGUGAUGUCUGGAAGAUGGAUUUUGGUGGAUUUGCAUGGAGGCUGGACACCACUGCAGCUCUAACUCUUUGGCUUUGAGUAAGAGAUGCAAGAAGGUAAGAAUAACUAUGAUCAAGAUGUGGUGAAGGUCAUAAUCUCAAACCUUAAUCACUAGUUAAGAUCAAGAUGUGGUUUACUGGGAAAUAAAUAAUAAGAAUUACAAAAGAGAAACGAAAUUAUAUAAUCUUUAUAUAUGGGAAGAUCUUGAGAAUCAAGUCUUUUCGAAAUCAAUUUAUGUGUGGAAAACCUUUUAUAUAUAUAGCUUGCAAAUUGCCAUAAUGUCAAAUAUUGAUUGGCAAAGCUUCC